AUGCCAACUGUGAAGUCUCUGAUGCUGCAGAGGCACGCCAUCACCACCACCAUGGUCAUCAUCAUGGCCACCAUCAUGGACAUCAUCAUCAUCAUGGCCACCACCAUGGACAUCACCACCACCACCAUCAUGGGCACCAUCAUCAUCACCAUCAUGGACAUCAUCACCACCAUGGUCACCAUCAUCAUCAUGGUCAUCACCAUGGGCAUCACCAUCACCAUGGACAUCAUCAUGGUCAUCACCACCAUCAUGGGCAUCAUCACUAGCAGAAAAAAUUGGAGGCUCGUCACCAUCAUCAUCAUGGACAUCACCAUGGUCAUCAUCAUCACCAUGGGCAUCAUCAUGGCCAUCACCACCAUCAUGGCCAUCACCAUCACCAUGGCCAUCACCAUCAUCAUCAUCAUGGACAUCAUCACCACCAUGGACAUCAUCAUCACCAUGGACAUCACCAUCAUCAUGGGCAUCAUCAUCACCAUGGUCAUCAUCAUGGACAUCACCAUCAUCACGGCCAUCAUCAUGGGCACCACCACUGAUGAAAGUCUAAAAUAUCUUCUCGAAGCAUUACGUUGCCGGCGUCCUGACUUAGAGAUAGUUCGUCUUCUUUGUGAUAUGAGUGUCCCUGGUGGUUCGGGUAUGGUUGCUCCUCUCCCUUGCUCUAUCUGUGAGAGGCCAGGCAUCAUCAUCAUCAUGGACAUCAUCACGGGCACCAUCACCACCAUGGACACCACCACCAUCAUGGCCACCACCACCACCAUCAUCAUGGGCACCAUCACCACCACCAUCAUGGACAUCAUCACCAUCAUGGGCAUCAUCAUCACCAUGGUCAUCAUCAUCACCAUGGCCAUCACCACCAUCAUGGCCAUCACCACCAUCAUGGUCAUCAUCACGGCCAUCACCAUGGACAUCACCAUUAAAAGAAUACAAUACCUUGUUCUGAUGAUGCAGAGGGUCGUCACCAUCACCAUCAUGGUCAUCAUCAUGGACAUCAUCACCACCAUGGUCACCAUCAUCAUCACGGACAUCACCAUCACCACGGACAUCAUCAUCAUCAUGGUCAUCAUCACCAUCAUGGACAUCAUCACCAUCACGGACAUCAUCAUGGCCAUCACCACCAUCAUGGUCAUCAUCAUGGGCAUCACCACGGACAUCAUCAUUGAUAAGAAUUUUUUUAAAAAGUUAGAAAGUGGUUUAAUUACCUUGUCUUAA